AUGACUCGCACAGACCGACUUCGAAGACGUGCUGCUUCAAAGGCCAAAUCCAAGCCAACACGACUGGCAAAAUUUCUACUCAAGCGACAUUUUAUUCCCAAGAAAGAGAGUACCCAAUCUCAGCAACCUCAAUUUGCAUCGGACGAACUGAGAGCCAGUCUCUCUCAACUGCUCGCGCCUACAUCCAUCUCCUCACCUACCACUUCAGCCACCACUCUCACAACAAACACAGCAUACGAUACACCUACAGUGUACGCAACUUCCCCCGAGAAAACGAUCCUUCCCGCUCCUGUUUCGAUCUCCUCCGAUUCCAAACCUCUUGCCGAUGAUACUAGUGAUACAAUCUCCAAUCAACCCGAUAUUUACGCUCCACGUAACACGGCUAAUCCCGACUCACCCAAUCAGAUGGUAUUCUGCGUCGACGAAUUGGUUUAUGUUGCUUCCCCGAAGAAUAUCCCAUAUCAAGAGGAUUACAUCUACCGAUAUUAUCUGCAGGAACUGCAAGGGAGUAUUGUUCCCGAAUAUUAUGGAAUGUUCACCUGCUUUGCGAAGCGGAUGAAUCGGAUGAUGAGGAAGAAGAAGGAGGUCCUCCAGAUCCUUGGUUGUGCGCGAUGUUGA